AUUUUCUCCAAUUCGAAACAUACACAUUACUCGUACAAACAAUGACUGCCCACAAUAUUGUUGUUCUCGCCGGUGACGGUGUCGGCCCCGAGGUUGUUGCCGAAGCAUUCAAGAUCCUCAAGGUCAUCGAGAAGCACACGGACAACACGUUCAACUUUCAAGAGCAUCUCUUUGGGGGUUGCUCAAUAGACGCGCACAACAACCCUCUUACCGACGAGGCGCUCAAUGCCGCAAAGAACGCUGAUGCCAUUAUCCUCGGCGCUGUCGGCGGCCCGAAAUGGGGAACAGGCAAGGUGCGCCCCGAGCAGGGCAUCCUCAAACUCCGCAAAGAACUCGGUACCUUUGGAAACCUGCGACCGUGCUUCUUCGCCUCAGACUCGCUCGUCGAGUCUUCGCCGCUCAAAGCCGAGAACGUGCGCGGCGUAAACUUCAACAUCAUCCGCGAACUGACGGGCGGCAUUUACUUUGGCGACCGGAAAGAGGACGAGGGCGAUGGCAAGGCCAUGGACACGGAGCCAUACAGUGUUGAAGAGAUUGAGCGCGUUGUGCGUCUAGCAGGCAGUCUUGCCUCUGUCGAGGAUCCGCCGGUACCCGUGUGGAGUUUGGACAAGGCCAACGUGCUUGCAACAUCGAGACUGUGGAGGAAAACAUUUGAGCGCAUCAUGAAGGACGAGUACCCGCAUCUCAAGUCGGGCACCCACCUCAUCGACUCGGCAGCCAUGCUCAUGAUCAAGAACCCACGAGCGCUCAACGGUGUGGUCGUUACCAGCAAUCUGUUUGGUGACAUCAUCAGCGACGAAGCCAGCGUUAUCCCCGGUAGCUUGGGUCUGCUGCCAAGUGCCAGUCUAGGCGGUAUUCCCGACGGCAAGACCAAGCUGAAUGGUAUCUACGAGCCUAUUCAUGGCUCCGCACCAGACAUUGCCGGCAAGGGCAUCGUCAACCCCAUUGCCACCGUUCUCUCCAUCAGCAUGAUGUUCAAGUACUCGCUGUGCCUUCCAGAGAUUGCGCAAAAAAUCGACGAGGCUACAAAAAUCACCAUCGACAAGGGCGUGCGAACCGCCGAUAUCGGCGGAAGCUCAACUACAAGCCAGGUCGGCGAUGCCAUAGCUGCGGAACUCGAGACGCUGCUAAAGUAGAGUUUGAGUUUUAAAAAUAAAAUAAAGUAAAAUUGCAUCUGAGUUUUCC